CUCGCUCGCCGCGGCCGGGCGGCCCUUUCGCGUGUCCGCGCACCCUCCCCUCCUCCUCCUCUUCCUCCUCCAUUUUGCGAGCUCGAGUCUGUGACGGGAGUCCGAGUCGCCGCCCGUCCGUCGGGGACGGAUUCUAGUGGGUGGAAGGAGACGCAGCAGCCGGAGCGGCCGAAGCGGCGGAGCGUCGGGACAGAGGACGCGCGCCCGGAGCCCGGCCCGCAGAGAGGGCACGGGGCGGGGGUCUGGCUUGUCAGCCGGGAGAUGGGAGACUUUCUUAAAUAGGGGCUCUCCCUUCCCCCCAUGGAGAAAGGGGCGGCUGUUUACUUCCUUUUUUUAGAAAAAAAAAAAGCUCCUGCUGCUCCUGCUUUCACAUGCUAAGUUGUUUAUAUCGGCUGCGUUGGGAGCUGCGGACGGUCGCGGGUGAGCGGCACCUCUACCAGAGCUGAUAUUCACUGAUGGACUCUCAGGAAUCACUAAGCCCCCCAAGUAGAGAAGAAAUCCCCAGCAGUGUGCUUGGUCCGGAAAGGAGAAAUGUGAUGGACUUCUGUAAAACCCUAAGGGGAGGAGCUACUGUGAAGGUUUCUGCAUCUUCAUCCUCACUGGCUGCUGCUCAGUCAGACUCCAAGCAGCAACGACUUUUGGUUGAUUUUCCUAAAGGCUCAGGAAGCAAUGCGCAGCAGCCAGAUUUAUCCAAGGCAGUUUCACUCUCAAUGGGACUGUAUAUGGGAGAGACAGAAACAAAAGUGAUGGGAAAUGAACUGGGAUUCCCACCGCAGGGCCAAAUCAGCCUUUCCUCUAGAGAAACAGACUUUCAGCUUCUGGAAGAAAGCAUCGCAAACCUCAAUAAGUCGACCAGUGUUCCAGAGAACCCCAAGAGUUCAGCAUCCGCUGCUGUUUCUGCUGCUCCCACAGAGGAGUUUCUAAAAACACAUUCUGAUGUGUCUUCAGAACAGCAAAAUUCGAAGAGCCAUACUGGCACCAAUGGGGGCAGUGUGAAGUUGUAUACCACAGACCAAAGACCCUUUGACAUUUUGCAGGAUUUGGAGUUUUCUUCUGGGUCCCCAGGUAAAGAGAGUCCUUGGAGAUCAGACCUCUUGAUGGAUGAAAACUGUUUGCUUUCUCCUUUGGCAGGAGAGGAUGAUCCAUUCCUUUUGGAAGGAAACUCGAAUGAGGACUGUAAGCCUCUCCUUUUACCGGACACUAAACCUAAAAUUAAGGAUAAUGGAGACCUGAUCUUACCAAGCCCCAGCAGUGUGACACUGCCCCAAGUGAAAACAGAGAAAGAAGAUUUCAUUGAACUCUGCACCCCUGGAGUAAUUAAGCAGGAGAAACUGGGCCCAGUUUACUGUCAGGCAAGCUUUUCUGGGGCAAAUAUAAUUGGUAAUAAAAUAUCUGCCAUUUCUGUUCACGGCGUGAGUACCUCUGGGGGACAGAUGUACCACUAUGACAUGAAUACAGCAUCGCUUUCUCAACAGCAGGAUCAGAAGCCUGUUUUUAAUGUCAUUCCACCAAUCUCUGUUGGUUCAGAAAAUUGGAAUAGGUGCCAAGGAUCUGGAGAUGACAACUUGGCUUCCUUGGGGACUUUGAACUUCCCUGGUCGAUCGGUUUUUUCUAAUGGCUAUUCAAGCGCUGGAAUGAGACCAGAUGUAAGCUCUCCUCCGUCCACCUCCUCAGCAGCGUCGGGACCACCUCCCAAACUCUGCCUUGUAUGCUCUGAUGAAGCCUCGGGAUGUCAUUACGGGGUCCUGACCUGUGGAAGCUGUAAAGUCUUCUUCAAACGAGCAGUGGAAGGUAGACAACACAAUUACCUUUGUGCUGGAAGAAAUGAUUGUAUCAUUGAUAAAAUUCGAAGAAAAAACUGUCCAGCGUGCCGCUAUCGAAAAUGUCUUCAAGCUGGAAUGAACCUGGAAGCUCGAAAAACAAAGAAAAAGAUAAAAGGAAUUCAGCAGGCCACUGCAGGAGGCUCCCAAGAAACUUCUGAAAAUCCUGCUAACAAAACAAUAGUUCCUGCAACAUUACCACAGCUCACUCCUACCCUGGUGUCUCUGCUGGAGGUCAUUGAACCUGAGGUGUUAUAUGCAGGAUAUGACCCCUCUGUUCCAGAUUCCUCAUGGCGAAUCAUGACCACACUUAACAUGUUAGGUGGGCGGCAAGUGAUUGCAGCCGUGAAAUGGGCAAAGGCGAUACCAGGCUUCAGGAACUUACACCUGGAUGACCAAAUGACUCUACUGCAAUAUUCAUGGAUGUUCCUCAUGGCAUUUGCCCUGGGAUGGAGAUCAUACCGACAAGCAAGUGCAAACUUGCUGUGUUUCGCUCCUGAUUUGGUUGUUAAUGAGCAGAGGAUGACUCUCCCCAGCAUGUAUGACCAAUGUAAACAUAUGCUGUUUGUUUCCUCUGAGUUACACAGGCUUCAGGUAUCUUAUGAAGAGUAUCUCUGUAUGAAAACCUUACUGCUUCUCUCUUCAGUUCCUAAAGAAGGUUUGAAGAGCCAAGAGCUAUUUGAUGAAAUUAGAAUGACCUACAUCAAAGAGCUAGGGAAAGCCAUUGUCAAGAGGGAAGGAAACUCCAGUCAGAACUGGCAGCGGUUUUAUCAACUGACAAAACUCUUGGAUUCCAUGCAUGAGGUAGUUGAAAAUCUCCUUCACUAUUGCUUCCAGACAUUUUUGGAUAAGACCUUGAGUAUUGAAUUCCCAGAGAUGUUAGCUGAAAUCAUCAGCAAUCAGUUACCAAAAUAUUCAAGUGGAAAUAUCAAAAAGCUUCUGUUUCAUCAAAAGUGACUGCCUUAAUAAGAAAGGUUGCCUUAAAGAAAGUUGGCUUUAUAGCUUUUAUUGUACAAACUAUCAAUUUGUCCUAUAGUGGUUUUGUUGUUUUAGUUUUCCUUUUUUGUUUGUCUGGUUUUUGUAUUGUUUUAAAUACGCACUACAUGUGGAUUAUAGCGGGCCAAGAUUUGGCAACAGAAGCAGUUGAGCCAUCACUUUUCAGUGUUGGGAAAAGUGGAAAUUGAUAGUUCGUGGGUCCCGGAAAUUAGAAACGAUGUGGGGCUGAUCUCCACUGUCAGAGAAGGACGGCACCCAAACCACCAGUGCCCAGUCUGCGUCAUGAACUUUCUGCUCAGACUUUUCACAGUUGGCUGGGCAAAACUUUCUAGACUUUCUGUUGGUGUAUUUUCCCCUGUAUAGUUAGGAUAGCAUUUUUGAUUUAUGCAUGGAAACCUGAAAAAAGUUUACAAGUGUAUAUCAGAAAAGGAAAAUUGUGCCUUUUAUAGCUAUUACUGUCUGCUUUUAACAAUUUCCUUUAUAUUCAGUGAACUACGCUUGCUCAUUUUUUCUUACGUAAUUUUUGUAUUCAAGUUAUCGUACAGCUGUUUAAGAUGGGCAGCUAGUUCAUGGCUUUGCUAAAUCAACCUAAACAUGAAUCUUCUGUGUGAAAAUGGGUUGGUGCUUCUAACCUGAUGGCACUUCGCUGUCAGAAGACCACAAAAAUUGACUCAAACAUCCAACAGUGUCAAAAAGGAUCAUAUUUUGUAUAUAUCUGAUUCAGUAAGGAAUUAACAGGUUGUGCAAAUUAACCAUCCCUAACUGGUAUAGAGCACCUAGUCCAGUGUGACCUGCUGGGUAAACUGUGGGUGGUGGUUGCAAAAGACUAAUU